AUGGCUCAACAGCCUGCCGCGAAUGAGAGCAUACCGCUCUUAGCUUCUGAUCCACUGUACCCUACCAUGGAGCAGCAGGUCGAGGGACGCAAAUUUCACACAAAUUCCAUUUCACCAGGGUCAAACACCACCAUCCAGCCCAGUAUCGAGGGUGCUCACCUCUCGUCUUCUACUUUAUCACGCUCGAGUAUCAGAAUGCAGCUUGAUCACGAAGACGAGAGUACGCCACUCUUGCUCUCUGCAUCACAGCACUCCACUAUGGAGCAGCAGCAGGAGGGACGCGGGCCCAAUCCUCGCGCAACAUUCAACUCACCACGCGUCGAGGAUGAGAACACGAAGCCUUUCUUUUCUAGCCCAAUCCAUACAGACAUAGAGCAGCAACGCGAGCACAGUCCAUUCUCACUUUCCACUUCAGGGGAACUCAGUCCCGAUACUCAGCACAACGUCGGAGACGAUACUGCUUCUAACACCUUCGCGCAGCAGGCCGAGAUACAGCAGCACCGUUCUUUCUCGCUUUCCGACCCAACGCAAUCUACUAUCAUGCUUCGUCGAAGUGCCCAUGCAGAGUCUGCAUCCGCAGGUCGCAGUUCCGACGAGACUAUGCAAAAUGUGAAUCCAAAACGCGUCAAACAUCUCAUCAGUAUUCUGGGCUUCGACGAUCAACUUUCCGAGAUGCUCUAUAGGCUCGUCAUUGCAACAGCCCCAUUCCACAACACCGAAUCACUACUCACGCCACCAGCGCCUGAAGAGAGCAACCCAAAAGCCGAGGCUCUUCGUGAGGCACUCGGCAACCUCAUGUUUGCACCAGAGUCAGCCAGCCCCACCGGAUCUCCCACAGCUACGACUGCGGAAGAAGGUUCCAUAGCCGGCAAUAGCACUGACAAUCCCACCGGAGAGCUUCUCUUCGAUGCCAACGCAGCUGAAAACCUUGGGUCAUGUCCACUUGAACCAUGCUCCGACCCACCUCCGAUGCUUUGGUCCACCGCAGCAGCUGAAGAAUCACUUGACCCCAACGCCAAGGAUCCAACAUAUUUUACCGUUGCUGAGUUCAUCAACACCAUCGUCGAGAAUAACAUCCAAGUUGAGUCGGUCACCGAACAAGACUGGUGGAUCGAGGAGGUACGCGUGGCCAUCCUGAACCGCUUGAAGCAUGAUGCCUCCGAAGAAGAUCUCGCGGCUGAAGAAGACUCGAACGAAGUAGUGAUGACUAAAGAAGAAGCAACCGAACAAGUCAAGGCCACAGCCAAAGAAGAUACUUCCAAAUCAGAUCUGCAGAGAUGGAAGGAACAGGGUCCGGAAAAUUGGCUAAAGAGGGAUGACGGGACAGACAUGAGCGAAGAACAGAUCGACGAGGAGUGUGCCCGAUGGGACGCAAUGGUCAGGAAUGCGAGGAAGGAGAAAGAGGCAGAAGAGGCAGCGCCUUCGCUUGGCAAAGAUCUCGAUCUGAAAGAUAAAGGUUUCUGGGAAUUCGUGCGAUCAAGCAAGCAGAAGGAGCAAACCCAAGGAUCGAUCUCGACUCACGGCCAGGAUGAAAAGAUCUCGGUCUCGACGCAUGAUCAGGAUGAGGAGGCGAGUCAGAAGAAGAAUAAGAAGGGAAGCAGAAAGAACAAGAACAAGAACAGGAAGGCGAAGAAAAACGCCUUGAAGGGAGGAGAUCCAGAGGACGUGUCUGAGGAAGUGCGUGACAUGGGAACCUUUUCUAGAUUCAUGGAUUUGCCAACACAAGUGAGGAAUAAGGUGCUAGGCUUCGUGCUUGUGGUCCACCAGGAGCUCGUUCCUUACCACUACGUCAACGGCAAAGUCGUGAAGAAUGUCGGAUUGAGGAAGAAGCCGGAGCUGAACAUCCUGCUGGCGCUGUGCUCGUCCAAGGAUAAGGCGGUCAAGAAAUGCCUGGAUGAUGCGAAGAACAUCUUAUACCGUGACAACACCUUCUCAAUCCGCAAGCCGAAUGACUUAAUUCUGUUCCUGGGUAUGAUCGGAGGCGAUAACGUUGCGAGGAUGAAGAUGGGCAAGAACCUGCUGUUGACGGAUGCAUUUUUCGACAAGAAACGUCGGUAUGAGCUGGAAAUGAAGUGGCUCGCACGUUGGGGCAAAGACUUGCUGUUUGCCAUGAAAGGGCACAACAUCUACAGAUCAGACAUUGCAGCUGAGAACUCGGAGGACGACCUUACCUGCGAGCCAACGGAUAUCGAAAAAGCACUCAAGAGCAUGGUCGAAGUAAUGAAGGAUGAAGGAAAGAUGUACGAGACGUUGAAGGGGAUUGAUGAUGGUAGCGGUAGCAGUCCUGUGCGUCUCCAGAGCCUAGACCUCGGCGAGAAAUUCGAUUCGUUGGCAGAACAGAUCGAGACUAUGGGUUUGGCCGUUGGCGAUGGCAUGGUCACGAAGUCCGAAACUACUAAGACACCUGAGACCGACGCACCAGACGAGGCUGUGGAGUCUAUGAGUGAGAAAUGGAAGCGGAAGGCGCGAGAGGCUGGGGAGAAAGUCAAGGACGAAGGCGACGCGAACCGAUACGGCGAAUACUUCCUUAAGGUGGUCACAAGUCUUGACGAAGGAGACGAGGACGACAUUCUCAGCCAAGAUUCCGGAUUCUACACUCCAUCGGUCUAUAGUGAGCGCGGUAAGAACCCCACCUCCACUGCAAAGUAG